AUGGGUCCAUUCGGCGGCCUCGAGCUUAUCUCUGUUGGACUCCAUCGGCAGGUCAAAGACGACCACCCACAACCCGAGCUAAAGACUGGAUAUGCGACCGGUGAAGAGGCUGACACUUGGGAUGGUGGGGCUUGGGCGGAUCGUCUACCGCAAAGGGCCUUCCCGCUGCUACCGCAGGACUAA